GGGCGGGCGAGAGCGGGCGAGGACUUGCCUCGGCCCAGGCUGCCUUGGCGGCUGCGUUCGAAACGGCAUCGGAUGUGCAUUCCGAAACGGUUCAGCAGCGGACAGGGCACCGGCCUCGGAGCGGCAUCCGAUACGACAGUCGAUACGGGAUUCGAUACGACAUCCGAUACGGGAUUCGAUAUACCUUGCGAUAUUGGCCGGGCUUCCCCGAGUUGCGCCAGAGAUCCCACGAGCCCCAGCAAUCGCUUUGAGAUCGCAUCGCCCCUCGACACCGUCCUGCCCUUGACUCCGUCUCGACCAAGGCAGCAUGAGCACCACGCCGUCCCAGACCCACCCGGCCACAUCGCCGAUGACCUCCCGACAUGACGAAGCAAAGAAAGCCCUUGCAAGUGCAGCCGUAGAGGCAUCGUCCGCCAUGGCCAACUGUGUGAAGAGCGACUUUGCGUUGGCUGCAGGAGAGUUUCAGCAGCUGGAAACGAUGAAUCUUGCAAUCCGAGAACGCUAUUCGCAAAUGUCGGAAGAAUCGCACAACUUGAUUCAGUCGAUGGCUCAGCUGCAGGACGAAUACGGGCUGAUCGAGCCGUACAUCCACCAGAUCUUUGAGGUGGAGCGGCAGAUCACAGUCAUCGAAUCGGUGGCACUGGAACUUGACGAUUACACCAAGCGGCUAGAGGAAUCGCUGAAGCGACGAGGAGCACUGUAAUGCCGACUUGCGGACCAUAGUGAUCCUGGAAUCGCAGCCGGAUCUCUCGACGGACCAUGUACUCGAAUGUGAUCGAGCCGCCAGUCCGCAACUAGUACAAUGCAAUUCUUUGAACGAUGCUGCCGUGA